AUUGGUGUACGCGUGCACCAGUUCAGGAAUAAGGAGCAGAUCUAUUGUGUAUUUCAAGAAUGCGUAGCAAUAGUGUAGAGAUUGAUUCUCGCAUUCGUGAAUGAUAAGAAAAUAAAUAAAAAUAGUGGUAGGGAGUUUGGAAAUUUCAGAUUACACUCUUAUCUAUAAGAGCUAUGAUAAGGACCUGUACGGCGAUGAGCUGACCCGAAAAGGAACAGGCAGGCGGCCACACUCGAGCCUCGAGGAAAAAUCGCUGAGAUCUACGCAAGAUUAAGGUUAACGUAUGCCAAAUCAGCUGAUUCAAUAAUCAGACACUGAUCAGUGGUGCGGCCGACACAACGAUUCAUUCAGCAGUGUGCAUUUGUUGGAUUGUGUGCAAUUAAUAUAUUUAUUAUGCGUCUCGUAAUUUGUGAUAACGUGAACUAUGUCGCAGAAUGGUCUGCGAAGUAUGUUUUAAAGAGAAUCAAUGAUUUUAAUCCUAAUGAGAACAAAUAUUUUGUUCUCGGUCUCCCUACAGGAGGAACACCUUUGGGAAUGUAUAAAAAGCUUAUAGAAUAUUAUCAACAAGGCAAAAUUUCCUUCAAGUAUGUUAAGACAUUCAAUAUGGACGAAUAUGUUGAUUUACCGAGAGAUCACCCAGAAUCUUAUCACUUUUAUAUGUACAAUAAUUUCUUCAAACAUAUAGAUAUCGACCCGAAAAAUGUGCACAUACUUGAUGGAAAUGCGACGGAUCUUGAAAAAGAGUGUGAUAAUUUUGAGAAAAUGAUCAAAGAAGCUGGCGGAGUAGAAUUGUUCAUCGGAGGUAUCGGACCAGACGGACAUAUAGCCUUCAAUGAGCCAGGUUCGUCAUUAGCUUCUCGCACACGAGUGAAAACUCUUGCGCAAGACACUUUGGAAGCCAACGCAAGAUUUUUCGGAAAUGAUAUUAACAAAGUACCAAAACAAGCACUAACUGUAGGCGUCGGUACCGUAAUGGACGCAAAGGAAGUGAUGAUUCUUAUCACCGGAUCUCACAAAGCUUUUGCUCUUUACAAAGCUAUAGAAGAAGGCAUUAACCAUAUGUGGACAGUAUCUGCGUUUCAACAACAUCCUCGUACGCUUAUAAUUUGUGAUGAAGACGCAACUCUGGAGUUACGUGUGAAAACUGUUAAAUACUUCAAGGCACUCAGUGAUGUACAUCGUAAAUUGAUUGAGGAAGAUGGAAAUGCUAUCCCCCGCCGUACAGUGCAAAACAAUUGAAACGAAUUUAUGGGACAUUCAUAGCAAAUUAAUCGAGCAAGAAAAUCGGCCAAUAUAAAGAUUUUGUCAUCAUCGC